AAGAAAACGAAGACAGCAGCGAUUUAAUUAGAAACGCUUGGACAGUUGAUGCGCUUUCGUCUUGAAUUUUAAUUGUAAAUUCAUUAAAAAAAAAAAAAAAAACUGGUAAAUAGCAAUUGGUCCGUCUUCCCCAAAUAAUCUGAGAUCUCCAGCUCCACUGUGACGUCACUAAAAUGGCGAAUACAUGCAGCGCAGCUGAUGCUCCUUCAACUAAGCCUUCAAUUACUCACAUCAUUUUCGAUAUGGAUGGGCUUUUACUCGACACGGAGAAAUUCUACACUGAAGUGCAGGAGAUAAUCCUUGCUAGAUACAAUAAAACUUUUGAUUGGUCUCUCAAGGCUAAAAUGAUGGGCAAGAAGGCAAUAGAAGCUGCUCGAGUUUUUGUUGAAGAAACCGGAAUCGAUGGUUUACUCUCAGCUGAAGAUUUUCUUGUAGAGAGAGAAGAUAUGCUGCAAACUAUGUUCCCCACAAGUGAACUCAUGCCAGGUGCCAGCCGUUUGAUUCAGCACCUACAUGCGAAUGGAAUACCUAUUUCUGUUGCAACGGGUUCACACACGAGGCAUUUUGAAUUGAAAACACAAAGACACGGUGAACUUUUCUCACUGAUGCAUCAUAUUGUACGUGGUGAUGAUCCGGAAGUUAAACAAGGGAAACCUUCGCCGGAUAUAUUCCUUGCAGCAGCCAAAAGAUUCGAGGGCGGACCAGUUGAUCCGAAAAAGAUACUUGUUUUUGAAGAUGCGCCAUCUGGCGUCCUAGCAGCUAAGAAUGCUGGCAUGUCAGCGAUCAUGGUUCCAGAUCCAAGGCUGGAUAGCUCUUAUCACGAAACUGCUGAUCAGGUUCUAAGCUCUCUUGUGGACUUUAAUCCAAGUGAGUGGGGCCUACCUCCUUUCGAUAAACCACCAACUUAAAUGCAUACAUUCUUUGAUUUAGAACAGCAUCAUCGUUUCUGGAUUGAACCCCGUCUGAAAUAUGUAAUUCAUGUUUUAUUUAUAUAAAUUUGGAAAGGACAGUGCAAUUUUGUUGCAGUUACUAAUUCAUUGUUAUUCAAACUAAGAUUAAUCAUAGUAUUGGAGUGAAGUUUCUUGAAUAACAGUUUUUGUUCGUGCCGACA